AUGCUUAUUCUUAAUAGCAGACUCAGCCGCCUCAUGGAAGCCUUUGCGCGGAUUCAGGCCUUGGAAGUCUUAGUGCUGCCUCUUCAGCUUCCUCCUAUUCCUGGGGUGCAUCAGCUACUCCUGAAUCAAGUGGGACGAUUGGUCUUGGCUGCUCCUUGUCAACUCAAGGGUCAUCUACAAGUAUGCCCGUUUCAGGAUGCGGUGGUUCUACGCCUUCAGGAGCAUCUCUUUCGAUCACAGAGUCAAUCGGGCACAACGCGAUUUUGCCUGCUGGACAAAACCAGAGACAAGAAACUUCCAAAGCUCGUGUCUUAG